CAACUUAACUGGUAAUUGUUCUCCCAGACUUCAUUCUUUUUCACUAGCCCCUCCGAUCCAUUAACCCCCUGUUACCACCAAACCACGCUCCAUCGAAACCACUCAAGGCUGAGCAAAAAGCCCCAUCAACCCCGGAACAAACAUAAGAAAGGCCGAGAAACUCCACUCGGGGGACGGACCCUGUACACCAGCCUAAGGUGGAAACGGCUUCUCCCAGCGCGGUUGUGGAAACAGCCAAGCUUCAAGAAAUUGUCUUCCAUCCUAAGGAAGAACCGCUAACAGAUAAAUUGUCGCCUUUUUGCCUUGUUUGUGGUAGAAACAAUCAAAGAAGAGCAAUCACUCAACUAAAAUCAAAGCAGAAUAUAAUCCUAUUAAGACCCGUCUCAGCAUUCUGCCUCUUCCACAAUCCAAACUCAUCACUCUUUUUUUUUUUAUUAUCUUGUUCGAACUUGGAAGGCAUCUUCUCAGCUUGUAGCAUUGAAAUUAAGAAUAUUGCUUCUCUCGUUCAAAUCGAACUAUGGAAGUUGCAACCCUUGCUGGAGAUGCUCUUUUGUCAGCAACGUUCGAUUUAUUGCUCUCGAAGUUGAGUUCUUCUGUAAGUGAAUGGCUGAAUUUACCAGAGAAAGUUCGUGCCGAGAUCCAAAAUUGGAAGAAGCUUUUGCCACAAAUCCGUGAUGUACUUGAAGAUGCUGAAGAGAAGCAAGGAAGAGACCGCUUUGUGAAGUUAUGGCUUGCUGAUCUCGAGGAUUUGGUAUAUGAUAUGGAGGACAUACUUGAAGAGGUCGACAUUGAUGCCAAGAGGUCGGAAGCCAGCACCAGUAAGCCACAGAAACUGAUCUUUCCCAAAUUGUUUAACAAGGUUGGAAGAUUAACGGCUAAAGGAGAACGAAAGAUGGCAUCCAGGGUGAAGGAUAUAACUGCUAGAUUCCAAUGUAUUGAAGCAAACAUAAGAUCACUGAACCUGGUCAGAUCGACUUUGAGAACUGGAGAUGAGUCCCACGGAGUUACUACAGGAAGAUCGCUCGAUACUUCUUUGCCUGAGCAACAUGUCUAUGGUCGAGAAAAUGAUAAAGAGGAUAUUCUUCAGAUUUUGCUCGAUGAAGGCAACCAUGAGCCAUACUCUGUUAUUCCCAUUGUUGGAAUGGGAGGAAUCGGAAAGACCACUCUUGCUAACCUCAUUUACAAUGAUGGCAAAUUGAAGGGUAGGUUUGGAUUGCAAGCAUGGGUCUCUGUUGGUGAGAAUUUUGAUGUUUAUCGGAUUACAACAGCCAUCUUAGAGCAAGUACCCACAGCAAAUUGUGAUAAAAAAGAGCUAAGUCCACUUCAAGAAAUGUUGAAAGAUAAGCUCUCAGGCCAAAAGUUUUUACUUGUGCUAGAUAAUGUUUGGAAUGAAGACUAUAAAUUAUGGGAGAAAUUACAAAGGCCUUUCCUAGCAGGAGCACCAGGGAGUAAAAUAAUCAUCACAACUCGUAACGAGAAUGUUGGGAGGACGAUAAGAGGAGAUGGCGAAGUUCAUAAUUUGUCGUUGCUAGGGGAUGAUGCUUGUUUGUCACUAUUUACUCAAAUUUCAUUGGGGCCAAAAAACUUUGAUGAAUAUUCAAAUCUUAAAGUAGUAGGGGAGAAAAUUGUUAAAAAAUGCGGAGGAUUGCCAUUGGCUAUAACAACCCUUAGUGGCCUCUUGCGUGGUAAGGUAGAUCGUUCUUUGUGGGAAAACAUACUGCACAGUGACAUAUGGGAUCUACCAGUUGAUAAUACUGGCAUUUUUCCUGCUCUGAAAUUGAGCUAUAAUCACCUUCCUUCCCAUUUGAAGAGAUGCUUUGCCUAUUGUUCUUUGUUUCCUAAAGAUUAUGAAUUUGAUAAAGAUGAGUUGGUUUUAUUAUGGAUGGCAGAAGGAUUCUUGCAACAACAACCACAGACAAUGAAGAAAAUGGAAGACCUUCGUCAUCAGUCCUUUGAUGAGCUAUUGUCGAGGGCUUUUUUUCAACGGUCUAGUAGGAAUGAGUCGUUGUUUGUGAUGCAUGACUUGAUGGUUGAUUUAGCCUUGCAUGUUACUGGAGAUAUAUGCUACACCCUUAAAUCAGAUGGAGAUAUAUCAGAUACAAGGUUUCAAAGAGUUCGUCAUUUGUCAUUAUUUCCUUCUUACUAUGAAGUGUCAAAAAGAUUUGAAUUUCUGAAGGAAAAGAAGAAUUUACGUACAUUUCUACGAUUGAGGGAGUUCAACAUUUUGAGAGGGUGCUUAUCCAACACACUCUUGCAAGAUUUGAUGAAAGAUCUAAAAUGUUUAAGGGUGUUGUGUCUUCAGAAUUAUAAGAUAACGAAGCUCUCUGAUCAGAUUGGAGACUUGAAGCAUCUGCGAUUCAUUAAUUUGUCUAAUACAGAGAUUAAAAGUCUUCCUGAGUCAGUGGGUUAUCUUCUUUACUUACAAACAUUGUUGUUACGGAACUGCCAUGAGUUGUCCAAGUUGCCUACCACUAUUGGAAAUCUACUUGAUCUCCAACAUCUUGAUUUAUUUGGGACAAGGUCUUUAAAAGAGUUCCCAUCAGAAAUCAGCAAUUUGAGAAGACUUGUAACAUUGUCAAAAUUUAUUGUUGGAAAUGCUCGAGGACCAAGAGUGAAAGAUUUGAAGAAUUUGUCAUGUCUUCAAGGCCGGCUUUCCAUUUUGGAUUUACAAAAUGUUGUGGCUGCAAAUGAAGCAAAGGAGGUGAAUUUGUUUGAGAUUGAGGGAUUAGAUGAUUUAUCCUUAGAAUGGUCUUCUGAUUUCCUUAACAACCGAAAUGAAAUAUUUGAAUUGCAAGUUCUCAGCUGGUUAAAGCCUUAUCAUGAUUUGAAAAGAUUGACAAUUAAUUAUUUUGGUGGGUUGGAAUUCCCACCUUGGAUAGGUGAUCCAUCAUUUUCCAAUUUGGAGUUCUUGAAGCUCAACAAUUGUCAAAAAAGCACUUCAUUACCGUCACUCCAGCAAUUACCACGACUUAAAGAAUUGAUCAUUACAGGCAUGCAUGGAAUACAAACUAUGAUGCUUGACGAGGGCAAUUCUUCUUCAGCUUCAGCUUUUUCAUCAUUGGAGAGUUUAAAAUUGCAAGACUGCCCCAUACUGAAAGGAAAAUUUCCAAAAUGCAUUCCUUUCCUUAAAAAGCUAGAGAUUGCCAGAUGCCCAGAGUUAAUAUAUUCACCAAUAAGUCUUCCAUCACUUGAAGAGUUGUGUGUUGAAGGAUGUAGUGAGGCCGUCUUGAGGAGUAUGGUUGACCUCAACUCACUUAAAACAUUGAGAAUCAACAGAAUUUCUAAGUUGGUUUGGUUGCCUAACAGUUUUGUAGAGUCCUUGAUAGCACUCAAGACUAUGUUGAUUACAAGUUGUGAUGAACUCAGAAUGUUUCCAAGAGGCAAGUUACCCACCACGCUUAAAUUCCUCCUAAUUGCAGGAUGUGAAAAGCUAGAAUCUUUACCAGAAGGAAUAUUAAUGAAUAAUGGUGAUGCGUGUCAAGUGUCCCAUCUUGAAGAAUUAAGGAUUGAAGGGUGUCCUUGUCUGGAAUCUUUUCCAACUGGCCACUUACCCAAUUCUUUUAAACGCCUCUAUGUCUGUGAUUGCAAGCAAUUGGAAUUUAUCCCUCAGAGAAUGCUGCAGUAUUAUAGGGAAUUUGAAGAGAUUCAACUCUAUGGUAAUAAUCUCGGAGAUGAUUGGCCAGAAUAUGAGAGACGUUAUAUCCACAAUUGUUCAGGGAUAGAUAAGUUAGAUGGUUUAGAUGGUUUGGAGUCACUCUGCCCGUUUAUCCCCAAUCUUAGAAGGUUAACCAUAAAGAGUUUCAAGAAUCUCAAGUCCUUACCUGAUAAGCUGCAGCACCUCAACUCUCUAAAUGAAUUAUGUAUAAGCAAUUGUCCAGGAAUUGAGUCCAUACCAGAUGGUGGUUUGCCUCCGAACCUAACAUAUCUUAGCAUUUGCAAUUGCCGAAGAAUUAAGUCCAUUUCAGACUCUGGUUUGCCUCUGAACCUAACAUGUCUUAGCAUUAGCGAUUGUCGAAGAAUUGAGUCCAUUUCAAACUCUGGUUUGCCUCCGAACCUAACAUAUCUUGGAAUUAUCAAUUGCCCAAGAAUUGAGUCCAUUUCAGACUCUGGUUUUCCUCCGAAUCUAACAUCUCUUCAAAUUCGCAAUUGCCCAGGAAUUGAGUCCAUCCCAGACUGUGGUUCUGCCCCAAACCUUGGAGAACUGAUAAUUAAUUGCAAGAAUCUAAAGAAGCCGAUGCAAGAAUGGGGCCUCAGCAGCAUCACUUCGCUUCUAACUUUUGAGAUUUGUUGGAUAUGUCCUCCAGAUAAUGUGCUUCCCACUUCUCUAACCAGUCUUGAGGUGCAUAAUGUUGAAAAUAUGAAAUCCAUACCUAAAGGGCUCCUCCAAAACCUCAACUAUCUUCAACAUUUAAAAAUUUGUGAUUGGCCAAAGCUGCAGACACUGCCAAAGGAAGCCCUGCCUGCCUCCCUUCAAAAGUUAAUUAUUCAAAACUGCAACAACUUCCAGUCCUUGCCAAAUAAAGUCUUGCCUCCCUCGCUUCAAUUUUUACAAAUUUGGAAAUGCAACAACUUCCAAUCCUUGCCGAAGGAAGGCUUGCCUCCCUCGCUUGAAGAACUCCAUAUUACAAACUGCCCACUGCUGCAACGACGAUGCAUGGAGGAGAAAGGACACGAUUGGCCCCUCAUUGCUCACAUCCCCUACGUUAAUGUGAAGGGUUAAUUUUCGUUUUGUAGCCUAAAGCAUAAGAGGGAGAUCUGCAAUAUUUCUGAAGUUUAACAUUUAUGUCAAUGGAAAAGAAGAAGUUGGUUUUCUGGAGAUUGGACAGUUGUCAUCCAUGUAUUUUGUGAAGACUCAUUGACUGCUCAACAUAUAAAUAGCUGCUGAAAUGGUGGGAAUGGCAAUAGCCAUUGAAAUGGCUUCUUCAUUGUGCCUGGCCUACCGCUACUACCCUUGUGUAGUCCUUAAAGCUACAAAACAAGCUCCUUCACUGAUAACAUUUCACAUUUUUACUCCUCUUCAUCAUCAUAGCCAAGUAGCCAACAAUGAUAUAUGCUUCUGCUUAUGCUUUUGCCACCAUUGAUGCUAAUAAGAAGCUUAGGAGCACUGAUCUGGUGGCUCUUGAGUAUGCUGAUCUUAACCUCAAAAAUUUUCUGGGCAUUUCAUUUUUGCAAAUGUUUCAGUUUCCAUUAAAUGAUUGGUAUCCACUCAUCUUGGACCCUUGAUGCUAAUUUCAAUCUAGUGCCUGCAUCCUCAUUUCAAGAAAAGGCAUCAUAAAGAAGGGUUCUGCAGAACCCUUUAUUGGAUUCAAUUAAAAUAGUUGGAUUCCUAAGGAAAGUUGAUGCAUGUUUGUCAUUAUUCGCUCAACAUACAUUAGGAACCGAGAACCUUGUUGCUCAUCCAGAUCUAAACGGGGUUAGUGAGGAAAUCGUUAAAAGGUACAAAGGAUUGCCAUUUAGCAUAAAUUUGUUAGUGAUUUCUUGCAUGGUAAAUUAAAUUGUAAAGAGUGGAAACACAAAUUAAACUUUGAGGUAUGGGAUCUAUCUGAAGACCAAGAUGGCGUUCUCCCUACUAUCAGGAUGAGAUAAAAUAAACACAUAACAAACUGCCAACGUUUACUUAUCGGCAGUUUACUUAUCGAUGGCUAGCCUUCAUUUUCUUGAAAUGUUAACUUUGUAAUUGCUUAGUUAAUUUUCCUUGUUUUUAUUUUGAUUAUCAUUUUUCUUCUUGUUGGCAUUGCCAAUAUGGUUAGUACCAUUGCUAGUUGAGGAAGAAAUGGGGACUUAUUCACUUCUAAGUGUUCAGUUUUAUUAGAGUAAUCAAACAAAUUUCUCUAUUUGGAGCAGAUUUCUUAUAUGGCUGGCUAAAAGAAGUCCCAAUUCAUGAAAAAGAAAGAAAAAGAAUGAUCUAUGUUCAAUUCAUACAAGGUUUUGUGUAUACAUUUGGCUUUUGGCUUUUUGUUUCAAAGUGCAAAACAUGUAUUCAUUCUAUUUAUUUUUCAUUUUUUCAUCCAUAUCUGGAGAUAUUGAUGACAAGCUUUUGAUCUAAUUAUAUUUAAUUGAAGCUAACGAGUUGGUUUUGAUUUUAUCUUCCUAUCCUGUGCAUUUUCCCCAGCUUUUGGGGCGCUCUGAAGAGUUUCAUUAUGUUGUUAGCUCACACCAAUCUCUCAUCAGCUGUUGGGUAGGCAGGAAGUGUACCGAUUAGUACUACUAAUGGACUGAGAAUAGAAG